CCCCCCCCACCUCUCCACGUGCCAUGAGGAGUGGGGUGACUGGCUUGCGGGGGUGAGGGGGACAGACCAGGAGUCCCCUUCUCUGUGAAGGACAGAGACAGUCCCGCCCCCUGCCCCCACCACAAUUUGCCUGAGUUCCACCUCGGUUUCCACUCCUAUUGACUGUCCAAAGUCCCAGGGGCAGGAGAUGCCAGGAUAGAAGCGCUGGGACGCUCAGACGCACCGGCUCAGAGCCCUCGGCUGGACUGGCCCUCGCUGCCGCGCUGCCGACGCCUCCAGCACCACCUGCCCUACUUCUCCUGCUUCUUGCCGCUCCUUAGCCCCGGGGCCUGGGCUGCCUGAGAACACGAGUCAGCCCGCCAUACCCUUAACAGCUGCAGCCCAGGACCCAGCAUGGCGAGGGACUUGCAGGACAUCCAGCAGCUGGACUCCGAGGAGAACGACCACCAGCUCGGCAGAGGUGAGGGCCCAGGCGCUGGGCACCGUCCCAAGAGAGAAGACCCGGUCUGGAAAGGGACACCUCUUCCCCAGCCUCUUGUGCUGCAACGUCUCUGCUCCAAGCUCCGCCUCAGUCUGCUUGUCCUGGGCUUCAACGUCCUGAUGCUGGUGGCUGUCUGUGUGGUGGGGUCCCAAAGAACACAGCUGCAAAUGGAACUGCAGACCCUAAAGGAAACAUUCAGCAACUUCUCCUCCAGCCUCCUGAUGGAGAUGCUGACGCUGAGCACCCGUGGAGGCAGCGCAGGUGACAAGGUGACAUCUCUGGAAGCCAAGAUGGAAAAACAGCAGCAAGACCUGAAGGCAGAUCAUGCCACCUUGCGCCUUCAUCUGAAGCACUUCCCGAGGGAUGUGCGCACGCUGACUUGUCGGUUGGUGUUCCUCCAGAGCAAUGGCACGGAAUGCUGCCCGGUUAACUGGGUGGACUAUGAGGGCAGCUGCUACUGGUUCUCUCGCUCUGGGAAGGCCUGGGCUGAGGCUGAGAAGUACUGCCAGCUAGAGAACGCCCACCUCGUGGUCAUCAACUCCAGAGAGGAGCAGAAAUUCAUUGCACAACGCACAAACCCCUUUCAAACGUGGAUAGGUCUCACCGACAGUGACGGCUCCUGGAAAUGGGUGGACGGCACAGACUAUGGGAACGGCUACAAGAACUGGGGUGCCACGCAACCAGACGACUGGCAGGGGCACGAGCUGGGGGGCAGUGAGGACUGUGUCGAGAUCCAGGGGGACGGCCGCUGGAAUGAUGAUUUCUGCCAGCAAGUGAAACGCUGGGUGUGUGAGAUGAAGCAGAAUAUUACCAUGUAGACCCCCGACCUCCAGCAGACCCCUGCCUCCAGCCCCCCACCACCACCCGGGGGGGGGCAUUUUGAAGAAAAGAAGGAGAAGAGAGUCGUCAGAGGCGGGGGGAGGGGCUGAGGAAAGCUAGCAGGGGCUGGUUGAAGAAUCUCAGACCCUGGGGAGCCUGUGAUCCUGCCUCUUUCUGAAAUUCACUGUAAUUAUGAUCAUUUUCGGCCUCCUCAGUGGCGUAGGAAGAGAACAAAUACUUGCAAGGC